CGAAUCAAACAUAAUUUUGUGACUAAAUAGUCGCUUCGUGACAGCAACACCGUUGCGAGUAAGCAAGCACGUAUAAUUUUAUACACAUGUAGGUCAAUGGAAAAAAUGGCUUAGCACCGAAGUAAGCUCGUAUGUAUCGUGGCAAGAAAUAAUUUUAUAAUUUAAAUGGCCUUCAGUGAUUUAUGUCACAUAGGUAACGCGUACAAAACCGUCGAAAAUGAAACUGAUCAGUCGGAACACAUUAUGGAAGAAAAUACGAUCGUCCGUGAUCUUAUCACAAAAAUCCUCGAUGAGACCGGACCUUCAGAAGGGUGCAACUCUCUACAACCACCGGAAAAAACUCUAAACAGUAUACAACCCAACAGCCAAUAUCCCAAAAAUGAUACAGGGAACUCGUUCAUACCACCGCCUUACAACUCUUAUCAGAACAACCAACUGUACAAUUUCAACCAAUCCGACCAAAAUGGCUUCAACUUUAACUUACAAAACGGGUUCGGUAACACAAACGGUUUUGUCAAUUACGACAACGAUGUGAGCGCGUUAUUGGGGAUCGAUAGCGUCCCCGAUACCUCCGCUGACACAGUCACGCAGGAACAACUCAAUCUACUUAGAUUGGCUGCACAAGAAAUAGGCGGUGCACAGUUCGCAACGCCGAAUAAAUACGACGAAAAAUUCAACAACUACAAUUUCUUCGAACCGAACCAAAGAAAUUCUUUGCCUGAAACCAAUAUGUUCUCAGUGAACAAUUUCAGCAGACCAAACAGUCUAAACCUCGAUAUGAAUUUCAACACGAACUUUGAGACCCCGUUCAAUAAUUCACAGAGGUUUCCCAACAAGUUCGAUAAUUACAUGAAAGAGCAGAAUCAGGAGACUGAAAUACUGUCAUAUCUGAACCAACUAAACCUGUCUUCUGAUAGAUCUCGUGAAGAAAAUGGCAUUAAUAACGUAGAUUUGCGGAUGCCGAUGGAUUUAAAUGGUCAUUACCAGAAUGAAGAUUUCAGGCAAGAAGACAGGAACAAAAUGUUCUGCAACCGAAACUUCCAACAGAUGCCGCCAAAUAGAAACUAUGGGGAGAACAACUUCUACGAUAUGAUGGCACAAAUGAAUGACAGGAGUCCAAUGAGCCAAAACUUCGAUUUCUCGAAUCAAUCGACGCCCGUUUCGGCUGCUAACUCGAUGAACUACAAUCGAUCGAAUGGUUAUAACCAGAACGAUUUGAUGCAAAGACGUGAUAUGAAUCCUAUGAUGUCUCGUGACAAUUUCCAAGGGAAUGGGAGUAUGAAUGAGAGGACGAAUUUUGAGAAUAUGGGUCGCGAUAAUUUGCAGCAAGCAGCUAUGAUGAGACAGAAUCAGGAGUUGGCUCGGCAAAUGAGCCUUUUGAUGCGGAAUCGACCACCGCCAAGCCAGUUGAAUGUCGACGUGUCGUUUUUGCACGAGAAUAACCCCUUUAAUCUUGGUUUGGGCGCGCUAUUAGGCCCAAGCCCACCGGUCCCACCGCCAGUGUUGCCAUCACCAAUGCUAGAUCUACCUCUUUUGGCACCGUUUUACGCAAUGAGGAAUAUGAGAAGUGCAGCUACCUCAUCAGGCGUACUCCACGCUCGUCUCGACGCGUGCUACGAACAAUGGCGUCAGUUAGAACGCGAACGCAAACGUACUGAAGCGAGACUAGCCCUCGCCUACCCCGGCCGGGCUGUGUCGUCGUCUAACUCCAUACCCGUGCCCAGGCUGCCGCCCUGCCCUACCAGAGUCGAUAGACUUACUGUCGAUAUGCUGAGGGAACAUACUAAGGUAUUAACCCUAAUGGGCAAAAUGGAGACACUACGCGCAAGCGUUUGCGUAGCCCAAAACAAGAAGCCUAACAAACCCGAAGAGAACAAAAUCACCGUACUCAAACGAGGACAGGAGGUUACUGAGAAGGAGAAGGAAGGAGUCGACCCGGCGACGUUCGAGCCGUCCUCGUGGAAGGACGAUGUUAAUAAUCUGGCUGAGAUUGCGCCACACAGCGAGGUGGAGAGCGCGAUGCUGGCGUGGCGCAGCGCCGUGGGCGGCGUGCAGGCCGCGCGCCGCCGCGAGCUCGCGCCGCACCACGCGCACCGCCCGCAGCCCCGCCCUGACCCGAUCCUGCAACUAGCAGAAGCAGUGAAGCAACUGAGCAUCUGCGCCCGCCGCGCUCGCUGCGCGAUGUGGUGCGACCUCACGCUCACCGUGGCGCUGGCGCCGCAUCCCGACACCGAGCGGGAUAGCCAUAAUGAUACUGUCGCGCAGACAGAAGCAGCGUCCCCGGUAUCGCCGCAGACGCCGGCGGCCAAGUCUCCCAGCACACAGGACAACGCCAACGCCAAACCCCAGCCCGCUCCCACUGCUGAAUCUACUGAGGAUAAACCUCCCGCCGAAGCACAAACAAAGCCUGAAACCAAAAACGAAGCGGCUAAAACCGCCUCAAAACAGACUGAAAAGCCCGACAAAUCUCAACAACGCCGUACUCAGAACUAUAGGAAAGUACGAAGCGAUUUCUAUCAGAAAAACCAGAGGUAUGACACUAGGUUCAUGCAUAACCGACACCCCUACCAUUAUUUGGCUACUGGACCUAUUAAUUAAGGUGGUUUUUUGGACCUUAUUUGAGUGGGAAAUGGGUUGAAAAUUUAUUGAUUCAAUUACUUGGAAAAUUAAGAAAAUAUCCUAAUUUCCUUAAAAAUAAUGUUGAUUUUACUGGGCUUAGCACAAAAAGUUGAUUAUGUUUCAAAAUUACAUGAUUCGAUCAAGUCCACAUGGACUUUCAAUUUCUAUAUUUUGUACUUAAAAUGUUACAUUAAGUUGCUACUCGGACAAAAAGGUCAUAUAUUAUCGUGAUUUUAGCAUGUAAAAAAAUAUAUACACUCUUUUGCAAAAAAAACGGGCACCUAUGCGAAAUCUUAGUUUUAAGGACUUUACGUGUAUGUCAAAGGGUUUUAAUGAUUGUAGUAUGUUUCUAGCAUCAAAAGAGUUAGCCAAGCAUGCGUGAGAGUGUAUUCUAAAUUUGAAUUUUGUACAAUUGCUAAGAAAUUGGUUAAACCUAGUUUUGGACUAAUUGCUGGCAGAAAGUUCGUCGGUGUUUUGAAAAGUUUUUGAAGUGAUUUUCAGGAAAAUGAUAAUGCAGUUUUAAUUAAUGAUUAAUGUACUUUUUUGUUAGAUCAAAACAUUUUUGAAAAACUAUGCGUAUUUGAAAAAAAAUCACCUGCUCUAAAUGGGCUAUACUGAUGAUUGAUGGCAAUGUUAAGAGUUUCGGUAUUUUAGUGUAAAGCGUUCUAUUGUUUAGAUAUUGUACCCACGUGUUUUAAAAUAUCGCUUUUUCAUAAAUAAACACUAAUUAGAAGAGUAUCAGUACUUUGAGCUACGACAAAACCAAUUUAAAGUAAGCAGUGCCCAUCACAACUCGUCUCCUAUCGGACUUCGACAUUUUUAAAAGUCUUGAAAUUCUGCAAAAUACAGAAAAUAGCGCAUAGACUGUGAGCACGAGGUCUUAAGGUCUCGUAAUCACAGAUUUUUAAACAACCUCGUCUCUUGGGAAACUCUGUAGACCUCAGAAGAUCUAUGAGUCUGAGCGUUCAAAUAGCGCGUUUUUAUCCCACGGACAUUUUAUUAAAUAAACUUGCCUACACCGAGAUUUUCGGGCAUCUGCAGCACUAUCCUGCUUAAAUCAUAACAAUAAUUGGCUAUCUGCUCAUUUCUUAAGAAACAUACGUUUGGCCAAUAAGUUUGAAUUCUUGACUCCCUUUCAGCUAAAUCGUCGUUUAGUAACCCGAUACCUAUGGAGUUAUCGAGAGCUUCAACGAGGCAAUAAUUUGACUUUUUAGAUAGGUUUAAUCCUCCUCCUCAAUUUUCAUGUGGUUAAUUUUAACAUUUAUCACAAAAUUUGGUAUUUUUUAAAUGUCAAAGUCCGAUAGGAGACGGGUUGUGAUCGGCACUGCUUACUUUAAAUUGGUUUUGUCGCAACCAAAGGUACUGAUACUCUUCUAAAUAGUGUUUAUUUAUGAAAAAGCGAUAUUUUAAAACACGUGGGUACAAUAUCUAAACAAUAGAACGCUUUACACUAAAAUACCGAAACUCUUAACAUUGCCAUCAAUCAUCAGUAUAGCCCAUUUAAAGCAGGUGAUUUUUUUUCAAAUACGCAUAGUUUUUCAAAAAUGUUUUGAUCUAACAAAAAAGUACAUUAAUCAUUAAUUAAAACUGCAUUAUCAUUUUCCUGAAAAUCACUUCAAAAACUUUUCAAAACACCGACGAACUUUCUGCCAGCAAUUAGUCCAAAACAAGGUUUAACCAAUUUCUUAGCAAUUGCACAAAAUUCAAAUGUAGAAUACACUCUCACGCAUGCUUGGCUAUAUUUUUGAUGCUAGAAACAUACUAAAAUAAUUGAAACCCUUUGAAAUACACGUAAAGUCCUUAAAACUAAGAUUUCGCAUAGGUGCCCGUUUUUUUUGCAAAAGAGUUUAUAUUAUGUCUUCAAUUAAAACCAGACUUUCUUGACACUCAAAUAAGGUUCGAUAUAACAUACAGAAUUUACGUCAAUGAUGUGAUUAAAACCUUACACAAUACAAAAUGUAACAAGUCUGUAUACACCUUAAAAUGCUUAAAAUCUAUAAAUGUAUUUAUAAAAUUCUGAAAUAUGUCAUAGACUGAAAGUUGCACAUGAAAUUAUCAAAAAGAGUUUUAAUUAGAAAUAUAUUCUCUAUGACGGUAACUCAAAACUGCCAUGUUUAAAAUUACGCUUAAAAUGUUCAAAGAAAGAAGUAGAUAUAUAAUACAUCUAUAGUUUUUAAUAUGCAUUUUAUGGUGUACUUCAAAGUUGACGAAAACAUAUAUAAUUUGAACAUUUUCAAAUCUCAUGCUUCGCUCAAUUUUCUGAAACUAACAGUCGGACUAAAAGCCUAUUUUAACAUUUAAUUAAUUUCUAUACUUUACGCUCAAAUAUCGUCACAUUGCUAUGCUCAGUUUUGUUUAUUUUAAAAGCUCUAUUAUAUAUGUUUUACUCAACUUUUAAACAGAUAAGCAAAAAUAUGUUCUGUAACAAUUUUACUAAGGUUGAAAUCACCAUUUUAAAACGCUCUAUAGCCAAUUUAGCAAAAGCAUUUUUAUCAUGUAUGAUAUUAAUCAACUAAAGUAUGGAAUAUAGUUUGACAAAUAAUGCUAUAAUCAUAUUAAAUGUUGAUUAUAUUAUAAUAGGUGAAGUUUUUAAAAUAUAUCGGUGUCUAGAUUUUAAAUCUGUGUGCUUGGUACCCUGUAGUUUUCCUAAAAGCAGUUAUCGAAUUAUGAGCUUAUAAAUGUACCCUACUGAUCUUUAGACCAAUUUUCUCUUAUGCCAUUUACAAAGUUUUAAUUACCUAUAUUUCAUACUUUAGUUGGCAACACUGGUUAUGCAAAGAAUGUUGCUAUCAUAAUGAUAUCAUAUCAGCAUACAAAUAUUGUAGGGAUAAAGAGUAACACUUUUUAUUAUUGCACUUACUAUGCAUUUAUGGGCUCCUGGUACUUUUGAGGUAUAUUUUAAUUCUUAUAAGCCUAAAUAUUACCCAAAGAUGGACAUUUGUAACUUUCUAAGCUUAAUUUUGUCAUAAAAAAUGUCUGUAUGCACAAUCUUUUUGUACUUUCAUAGAUUUCAAAAAUUACCGUUUUAACUGUGCAAAAUCUCCAAAGAUAUACCUUAAAAUGUAUCGCAAAGCCAACACAAUUCUAAAAAGUGUACUCGGACAAAGACUAAAACAGGUAUAUAGAGACCACGGUUAUUCUACGAGUUAAAUAAAUAAUAACUACAUAAAUUAUUACUCUGUGUGUAGGUUAAAUAUUGCCAGUAUCAGAAUUGCGUUAUUUAUUCAUCGUGCUUAGCCGGAUUAAUGUUUAAAGUAUUAUAAAAAGGGGUGUUAAUUUGGCCGCUGCGGACACUUGCCAAAAUAUAUACGGUGUGAGCGAAGGCCUUGAAACUUUGAUUUGAAAAGUGAGGUUGUCGAUUUUGCAUUAGGAACGGUAGAUCGCUUUUUAAAUUAAAUGUUCUAGAUGCGUUAGUAUAGGUGUAGUACGCGUGCAAGCAAAGUCGUCGAAUCGAAUAAUAAUAAUUCAAAAUUUUGAUUGGAAGUCUACAUUCAAUACAAAAAAAUAUUCAAGGAUUUUUUAAUAUCGAACCAGAAGUUUCGUUAUUUCCAAUCUUGACACACUUAAAGCAGUUUCUAGUCACACAUAAAAAACAAAGUAUUUUAUGAAUAUAAAAUUGUUUGAAUUGUCGUUAGUUGUUCGCUCACACCGACCUCAAGAGCCCUUUGAAAAUGUGAUGUUCUACGUUAUUACUAGUUGACACUAUUUUAAUACAUAUAUCACUUUCGUGCGAUAACAAGAAGUAUAUGAAAUGAAGUUAUGAACUAUUAGCGUAUAAGUGUACCACUUUUUAUUUAUUUAAUUGAGAAAAAAAAUAUAAAAAACAAUGAAUUUAAAUUCGAAUGAAUUUGUAUAGUUGAUAGUUAGUGCUUAUUCGGAUGUUGGGACGUACUGAAUCGAUUUUUAGGGUGGUACAUCGAUAUCGAUAAAUGUUGAAAUAUAAUUUACGCCCAUUACAGCUUGGUAUUUAAAUAAUUGCUUAACAACGUAAGGGGUGUACAUUUAUUUUUGGCAGUAUCGAUAUAUCGAUGUUUUCACUUUACUUGAAUGAGGUUGAAAAGCUUCAUAAGACGGAUCGGCUAGUUUUCGUCAAUUCUUUAUAAAUUUUAAUUUGUACUGUAGCAUUUUAACCCUUAACUCACUGCUACGGUGCAAGGAAACGUUAUUAUUAGUAAAAUAUAUGCACCUGUGUUCUUAUAGUAAAUGUACGGCCAAAAUGAAUUGACUCGCUGAAAUAGUCAGUUCAGAUAUAAUAUUAGUUUUAUAUAUUUUUCAUUAGUCAUAUUUUGCGUGGACGCUCAGAAUCACUAAAGGAUUAAAAGCUUUAUGUAAAUCCGGAUUCCUUCGCGGAAUAUAUAGUUACAAUAAUAUUUCGUACAGUGCACAAACUGCUCAGGCAGAUAUUAACCAAAAUGAUAGGGUAACAUGAAAUCUUCCAUCUUUAGUUUUUUAGUAUGUAAGAACAAAUAUUAGUUAUUUAAAUAUUAUUUUUCACAUUAUUAUUUGUUUAAAUAUAAGUAAUGCCGGUUUCUGAAUCGCUUUGUAUACUCUUAAUGAAAUGAGAUGAUGAAAUCAAAUAAGGUUUGUUGUCCAGUAAAAUAUAUCUUCGCUUCCAGAAACCGGGUGUUACGUUUAAAGAUUUAUUUAAUCAAUUACGAAAUGGCUAUAGAUUUUUUAUUAGUAUUCGUUGAUUGUAGUGCCUUUCUAUAUAAAUGUGCAUGCAUUUUAAGUCCUAUGCAGUGUUGUACAAGCAUUCGAUAAGUUGUUUGAAAAACCGUUGAUUUUUUCAUAGUUUUUUUUUAGUUAUACCUUACUCGUGAUGCAUUUCCGUGUGCAAUAAGCUUUAUUUAUUUUUUAACGCACUCGUAGUGCUGGUCGUCAAGUGGGGUUGGUUUGAAGAAAGAAUAUCGAUAAAAUAAUUAAAGGACAAAAUACUCAGUGAAUUUAUGAGACGUAAAGUCUAGACAAUAUUCAGAUUUCAAUUCUUGUUUGCAAAUUUGUGAGUUGAACGCCUAAAAUUGCUCUCGUAAAUACUUUGACCCAAGUGACUAUUUAUAGAGAACCCAACCGACCCCUAUCGUAAAUGCUUCCAAUAAAUUGAUAUAUUUAACGGAUAUUAGUACAAUCGAUUCGCACUUAGCGUUUAUAGCAUGUAGUCAAAGAUAUUCUUGUUCUUAAAGAAAAAUAUUUAGCACAAUAUUAUAAAAAAAAAUGUUUAGUUUUUUAGCGAGUUAGUAGAUAGAAUAAUUAUUUCACGUCCUAUCGAAAAAAAGCUAACUAUAUUUAUGACUUAGAAAAAGGAUUUUUUACUUCACUGUUUUCCGAUGUUGCCAUAUAGUAACUAUUUACCUCAAAUCACUGUCUUGCAAUGUAGAAAAUUUUCUAUAUUUUAUUUUCUUAUUUCGUGCGCAAACUGAAGGUACUAAGUGUCAUUGCUGUUUAAAAAGUUUAUUAUUUGUUAGAUGAAUUCUUUAAGUCUUGGCUACACUGAAAUGCGAUGCUAUAAUAUGCGACGCUAUGAAAUUUUUAAAUAAAAAAUAAUAAUAAUGAAAUGAAUUUCGCUAUUUAAUGAAUUAUUUAUAAAAAGAAAUGAAAUAUUUAUGUUGAUUAUAUUUUAGGAAAUUAAAUGAACUUUAAAUCUCAGUUGAAAAUAUAAACUGGGUGGUUGAUUUUCGUUUGUGCAAUGAUAAAAAUUAUUUACACAUGUGCAAUAUGGUCGUGCGAUAAAAAGUCGCAUUAUAUCGCUUCGCCUCGCAUAUUCACUGUAGCCGACACUUUAUUUAUUUAGUUUUAAAUUGGACAAAUGAAUUUAUUUACAUAGUUCACUAUUUAUGUAGACAAUCGUACGAAAGGCUAUGAGUUUCUAGAAUAUUCUUAGGAAAGAGAAACUAAAGUGCCACAGCUAGCUUCUUUUAAAAUUAAAUUUAACGCUUGGGGCGUUGUUUUGAUACAAGAUUGUAAGAAUUAGACGAAAUUAAAAUUAUAAAGGGAAUUGAUAUUGUUAUGAAUAUAAUUAUGACCAACUAGGUCAGUUGAAUUAUUGUAAGUAUUGAACAAAAGCUACAAGACAUCUCUUUAUGAGACAAAAAGUAAGUAAAAAGAGUGCAAAUGUGAAGGCGAGGAUUUAGUAAAAUCUUUUGAGAGCUAAAAACAAAAUUACACAUCUUAUAGUGGAGUCUAGUACUCCGUGAUGUUAUACUUCAUUAAUGAUGAUUGAUAAACAUUUUCAAUUUAAAUCGUCUUGUUUUAAUUUUAAUAUUGGCCUAUAAAAAUAAUAGUUGUUCACAUUUGAAUGGCUGUGACACUCAACGCCCCGAUGCGACUUGCCCAAUUUGUUUUAGCUCAAUAAACAGUUACCUUCCGUCCAUAUAAUAUUGGAAUUUUUCAUAGCAUAAGCCUUCCUUACUGCAUUUUACGAACCAAUCUCCAAAAACAAGCUUUUUCUCAUUAUUUUCUUCCUUCAAGGGUAAACGCUAAAUAUUACGUAAAAAAAACAUAUAAAAUAUGAUUUCAGAAUUUCAAUGACCAACGCUUAUAACAGCAUAUCUUUAAGAAUAUUGUGUGAUAUAACCUAUAAUUAUAUUUAAAAAAUAAUAAUGUCCUUAGUCCUUAACGUGAGAAAAAAUUGAAAAAAAAAAAAGAAAAGAUUAAUGAAUUAUACCAAAUCUAUGGAGUACUUAAUUAAAGCCAACGCUUAUGGUAAGGGUGUAACGAGGGAAUUCCUAAAUUUUAUCAGUAAUUCGUCCUGCAGCUCUUCCUUGUGUCAUCUGCUAGUUAUAUUCUAUUCUGUGGAGUAAUGAUAGGCACAGUGGGUUAAAACGACGUUAAUGUUGGAAAAAAAUAUUAACAGCCUUUUUAUUAAUGAAUUUAAGGGAUAUUUCAGGAUGAUAAACAUCAAAUCAUGCAUAGCUUAUGUCGAGAUUUUUAUUAGUGUUGCUGUCUAAAUUACCGUCUUAAAUUGUUAAUGCACUUUUCAUCGGCCUUGGCUGCCCCCAAUUUUUUUUGGGAUCAGAUUACAUUGCAGCCUUAAAGCCUGAAAUUUUAAAAGUUAAAAGUAUCGACCUAAAAAGUGAGUAAAAAUAAAUAUGUACUUUAUACACAAUGUACAACUUUAUAAAAUGAAACACAACAUUAUGAGUAAAAAAUAUUUCAGAAUUAUAUGCACUUAAAUUCCGUCGAUCUUGCCCAUUGGUCUUCCCAUUGCAAUGGAGUAUACAAAACGGUGCUAGAUUGCUCUAUGAAAUAAAUGUUAAAAGAAUAUAAAUAGCAGGUAACAUCGUCUAAUAUAGUAAUAUACUCAAUUGUCGCUUGAAAUAAUUUUAACUAUACGUAAAGUUUGAGUAUUUUACUAUAAACGCCUGGGCUAAGAAUAUUUUUCUAGAGAAUCUUUGCCUUGACUGUACAGCUUAUAAAUAAAUUGUGAAAAAAAAACAAUAUAUACAAGCAAAUGAUCUAAAUUGAUGCAUCGACUUUUGGCUCUGUCAUUUAAAUUAUUUACUAGAAAUUGUAAACUUGGAAAAUGUCUGUUAAGACCUUUUAAUAUUUUUCUCAUAGCAUGAUAAUGAUAUAUUUGAUGGAAGUCAAGGCAUUCUUUUUCUAAAAAGAUAUUUGUCGAAACCCAGGCUCGCCAAUGUACGCAUUAAACCUAAGAUACCUAACAAACGCUAGAUUUUUGUAGGUAGUAUAAAAUAUGCAUGAAUAUUCAUAAUAGCGUUAUUUGUUUUGUUUAUUAUUUAGUCAAUGUUUAGAUGAAUUGAGAUUUUAGUGAAUAGACAUGUUCGCAAAUAUUUUCGUACGUAUAUCGAUGUUUGUAUCGGUGCACCUUAUUCAGUGUUUUAUGGACAUAUUGCCUUUUUGAAAUAAUUUUUUAAUUAAUAUGUCUUUGAGGCACAUUGAUACGUUAGACUUAAAGGGCGUAUGAGCCAAUUUUUCGCGAAAUCCUUGUGUGAAGCAGCUGAGCAAUUUCGAUAAAAAUAUUGUAGACGUGUGAAGUGUGCCUACGUUAUUAACACGACGAUAAAUGAUUGUUAUAGUGUAAGUGACAUUGGCGCUUACGCCUUUUAAGCCAAGUAUCACAAACGACGUAUACAAUUUGUAUGUAAGAAAUAAAAUCAUCAAGAAGGCAAUAUGUCGUAAAAACAUUAUAAUUAAAGAAACACUAGGUUCGACAGUUGCUCGGUAUUUUAAGUAUUGCUCAAAUCCUUUUUAUUAUAGGGAAAAUCGCUUUUAUUGAAACUAGCUUUUCCAGCAUUUUAUAUGGCCUAAACAUAUCCGCGAUCCCCUUUACUUAUAAGUUUUAAAAUUGUCAGCUAGACCUGUUUACACUCGAUUUUAGUGAAUACAGUUUUCGUCAAAUAUGCAACGUUUUUGUGGUGAUAGUGUGAACGGGUGGUAAGAUAGUCCAAAAAUAUGACCAAAGUGUAGCUUGACCGAAGCGACCGUUGCCCCAGUGUUUCUAAGGAGGUACUCAAAGAUUUCCCCUCAAGGUUUCGCUCCUAAAAUCCUGAAUGUACAAAUCGUGUGUCACAUCACGUUAGAGAAUUCAGCUAGAUAUGUUUAUUUUUUUAGAAAACGUGUAGUCACACCAUUAGCAAGACUGGAUAAUGGUUCUCUUAAUUUUAUUCUAUAGCUUCGCGGUCAGGUCUCGACUCGGUUACCUUAACAAUAAUUCCCGAGUUUUUAAUAUUUAAGUUUUUUUUUUAUUAACAAAUGUUCCUCGAAUUUUAAACGCCGUGUUUGUAAGCGACGGUUUGCUAGGUCGCAUUUAUCGUUAUGACAGGUUGUCGCAUAUUUAUUCGGUUAGAUUUUCGGUUGUGGUCAGACUUUGACACUCAUAACGCUUCAGUGUCUCGGUGUCCUGAGUAAUUUUAUGUGAAUGUGGAUCAAUCUUAGAGCUUUAUCAAAUUUGAUAAUAAUUUACGGAUGAAUAUUUAUAAAAAAUGAAAAAAAAUAAUAACCGAACAAGGAAAAAAAACUCGGUAGGAAAACAUAAAACUCACUGUUUAGAUAGAUAUUCCUGCAAAAUUGUGUAAUGUGUAGUUGGUUUUUUAUCUAUUUUAAAUGAUGCUAGUUGUGUAGUGUUCGAUAUCUGAGCCUUGCGUUUAGGUGACGAUAGGCAUAGGUGGAUGGUCCUAAAGCUUAUAGUACGAAUCUGAUAGUUACAUGUUUUAAUAUAACCGUAUAAUGAAUCCUCGUUUAGAUGAAAAAUGUAACUAUUUAGCAUAAUAAUCGGUGUGUCAGUCCUUUCUUAGGUGAUGGAUAGUUAUACGGACGUUAUAGCCCUGUGACCGCAUGCGGGGACACUCAAUACUCUUAAAUUAAACAUUUCUUAUUAAAAGAGUUUUAAUCACUUUUUGACACUGUGGAUUCGUAGUUCCGUUGGGUGUGAAGCUAUAAUGGGAUGUUUCUUUUUUAAUAUUAGUUGCAAAUGAUAGUAUUUUAUAGUUGAAUGAGUGUGGACAAUAACGGUGGUUAGUCCUAUUAGGUAGUUUAUUGUGAUAUGUUUGAGCCAGUCUACGGACGCGAACGGUCAACCACCAUUUUAAUCUUACUCUAAUAGAUUCUUAAGUUUAACAUUGCUUCUACGAGGUUUGCCGUAACACGUAGGCAGAUUGUUUUUUUUUCUAUUGGGUAUUUAGUGGAUUUGAUAUUUUGAGCCAUUGUUUAGUGUGCAUAGUCUACUAAUAUUUUUGCUACUCGUCAAUACGCGCGUACAGUGAAUAGUUCUGUCCAAUUUAUAGGAAUGGCAUCAUGAAUUUUAUACUUGAGGACCAAAUCUGGUUUUUUUGUAUUCAAUUGUGAGUUGAAUAAAAAAAAUAUGGUAAUAAAUAAAUAAAAAAAAUAUUGAAAAAAAAAAACGGAAAAAAUACAGGAUUUAUUUUGCCAGUUCCUCGUAAAUGUAAGUGAGAAUUUCUAAAAUAUUUUUCUAGUUGAUAAGUGUUGGUGAAUUAAUUUUUUACAUAUUUUAGGUAAUUGGUGUGCGUACACAAGUAUUAAAAAGCAAAGGUUUUUGAGCACGGGGAGAAAUUGUUUUUUUAUUUUUUCUCUUUCCUUUAUUCUGUGAGGAAUUGAUGCGCCACUUGGAUUUGUUAGGGCAUACGUAAUUGUAUAGAUUGUAAUGUGGUGCUAAACACUACUUGUCGACACCAAUAAGUAUAUUUUAUUAUAAUUUAAGUUUUAAGUGACAGUGUUUUAUUCAGUUAAACAAGACAAAUGUAAUGGGAUAUUUUGUAUUAAGUCAUUAUUUGUUCAGUGUUUGAAAUCUCACUACAUUUAGUCCGAUUACAGUGAACGUCGAUUUUCAAAUGAUUUUGCCAUAAGAAUGUAUUAUUAAUACCAAAAUGAGCCUUUGUACGGUACCCGGUCUCGCAUACAAGACGAGAGAACGCUUGACAUAUUCAAUGCAACUAUUUUUAUUUAGCAUUUCCUCAAACACUGCCACUGUGAAAAUGCCCAUUAUUAACUGCAUUCUGUUUUUAUUAUCAUUGUUCUUGUUAUAUUUUUGUUGUUUUUAGCAAAGCUUUGUAGGCGCGAACACUAUUAUAAUAAUAUUUAAAGAAAAAAACAGAAUGAUGAUCGCUAGUCUUUAUCUCAUGUAUAACUUUGGAUCUGUCCGUAUAAAUGAAAAAAAAAAUAAUAGGUGUUUUUUAAGAUACUUAAUGAAUAUAUAUUAAUGGAUACAAAAUAUUACUGUCUGUGGUGAAUAUCGAAUUUUAUGAGCUUAUUAAAACUUAAUUCCGUGGUAUUGGUAUCGCGAUGGAAACGUAUUGUGGUGUGCUAAUGUAUACUUUGAUAAUGCACGUCUCUGUUUAAGACGUCACCUUAACCAAAUGUUUGUACGAAACAGUAUAAAAAAAAAACUCAAAAAAAAACUCCAUACAUAUGAGUCAGUCCAAUUUUAAAAUGUAAUGUAAUGUUUUUUUUAUACUGUUUUGUAUAAUAAUGUUGGUAUUACGCACAUUUUGAAUGUAACUCAAAUAGCUUUAAGUAUAUUGAGAAAUAUAUGAGUGUAUGUUUAUCCAAAUGUUAGCUUUGUCUUAUAGAAAAAUGCACACUGAAAAAUUUUCAUAGGAGAGUUGACACCAUGUUUUUAACUGUAAUAAAUUGAGUAUAACUCGUAACAAUAUCUUUCCUAUGGAGAAUUUCUUAUCAUGUUUCCACGUAACAAUUUAAAUACGUAUAUUGAAUGUCCAACCAUAAUUAUUAAUAAGUCCUCAAAUAUGUAAACUAUUUUAUGAUUGGCUCAUUUUUGUACUUGCUUAUAAAAAGAAAUCAUUCGACCUUUUUUAAGUACCUCAAAAACGAAAAACGUCGAAUGUUUAGAUGUAAUUUUAUUUUUUUAUAAAAAUGGCCGCUUCUUAUAAGUAGGGUAGUUGAGACGCGCAUUAUCGAAAAGCGGGUAAAACACUAAUUUUUCAAAAAAAGUUUGUAACGAAGCUAUUGUAUUACAUAAGAUGCCAAGUUAGCUCGCAUUGGACCAAGGAUAAAAUAAGAUUAGCUCACAUCACAUGCUAACGGUACCUUUAGCAUUUUACAUAGAUGGUUUAAAAUAAAAUAUUUUGAAGAUGUCUCCUCUUUCUUCAUGUUAGAAUGUAUACAUACAGUAAUUUUGUGAUUAAAUGUUAGAUUAACGCGGCAUGAUCAAGCGACUGACUGAUUUUAGGGCAGGUACUUGGCGCGGCGGUUGUCGCAAGGUCUGCUCUUACGCAGUAUUAUAAUGUGGGUAGUUAUGUGCAGGAAAUUCUACGGUAGAAAAUUGAGGGUAUGAAGUGACAACGAUGGAUAUGUAGGAGUAAGUCUUCGAUAUAAUAUGACCAAAGCAUAUCUGUUUAGAAUACAGGAUUUGAAUGAGUGUAUCGGGAAGCGAUUUGAUUGGUUGAUUGUUAUUUAUGAUUUUAUGUAUGGUUAAAUUGACAUGUUACAGCAUUUUUUGUUAAAAAAAACGUGUGAUUUUUUGUUGUUGUUAUUAGAAAGAGACAAAAUUACAGUAGAAUAGUCAUGGCGUCCUUCAAGCUUUAAACAGAGAGACAAAAGUUCUCAAAUAUACUUGAUAUAUUUCACUAAUAAACUCGUCUUCAAUGUUAUUCACAUCCUUAUUAAAAAGUGGGUAGUUGUAAUCUUACAUUGUUAAAUCUUUUGCUCUCUGUGAAAAGUAGAUAAACCGGCCAAGUGCUAAUCGGAAUCGCACAAAGGGUUCCGUACUAUGAUUUAGAAAAUGAGCAAAAAAAAUCACGUUUGUUGUAUGGGAGCCCCCCAAAAUAUUUAUUCUAUUUUAGUUUUCAAACAGUAUAUUUUGUUGUUAUUGCGGCAACAGAAAUACAUCAUUUGUGAAAAUUUCAACUCUCUAAACUAUCAUGGUUCAUGAGACAGACGGACGGACAGAGGAGCGAAAACAAUAGGGUCCCGUUUUACCCUUUUUGUACGGAACCCUAAAAAGUACCACGUUGGGCGCCAAUUAAAAACAAAUGAACUUCACUUAUGAAUUGACAAAUCGAAUUUUAUUUAAUGAAUUGACACUACACAAUGACAUAUAUUAUUAUUUAGCUUUAUAGUGAUAAUUGAUUGCACAUGACUACCCCCAAAUAAUAAUGUAGAGAAAAUAAAAUAUCCAUUAGGCGUAUCGGUGUUAUGAAACUAGUUCACAAUUUAUAUAUUAUUAAAAAAUAAAAUAGUUUACUAUGCCAACUGUCUUGUUCAAAUGUUGUGAAAAUAUAAGUGUUAAAUGUUGUCCUCCUAUCAACAUAGGAUAUUGUUUAUAUCUGGGUAUUUAGUAGUUAAUGCUAGAUGCAUUCUUGAUUUUUUCAUACUAAUGUUUUGUUACUGUUUUGGCACUGUAUUAAUUACCUUCUGACAAAAAUAUAUAAUGAAUAAAAUGU